AUGCUCCUAACCUUGUCCAACGUGAUCUAUAUCUCCAUUGAUGUUGAGUUCAACUAUUCAGGGAUUGUCACCCGUGCAUCUCCAGGAUUCAUUGUCAUAGACAACAUGUUUUGUGUCCUUUUCUUGUCGGAGCUGCUGAUCCGCUUCCUGGCUUUCCGAUCCUGCUUGGUGUCGUUGAGAGAUCCAGCCUUUUUGUUCGACUUGAUUCUGGUGUCUAUGAUGAUGCUGGAGUCCUGGGUCAUGCCUCUCAUUGAUCUUAUCUCAGGUGAUGGCUCCGAUCUGGCAGAGACCUCGUCCAUCCUGCGGAUCGCGCGGGUGAUGCGGAUCCUGCGGACUGCGCGGAUCGCCAAGCUGGUACGAUAUGUGCCUGAAUUGGUGAUUCUCCUGAAAGGAAUGAUGUCCGCUUGUCGAUCAGUCUUCUUCACGUUGGUACUCCUUGUUUUGGUCACCUAUGUAUUCAGCAUAACGAUCACAGAAGUGAGCCGCGGUACCUCUUUGGAGACGGAUUUGUUUCCUGGGAUGGGCGGCACAAUUCUAACUCUGAUUGUGCAAUGCGUCAUGCCGGACCUCGAGGCCAAGUUCAAGGAUGCAGCAGCAGAGAACUGGUUCAUAGGAGUUCUGUGGCUGACCUUCAUCAUGUUUGGUACCUACAUCAUGAUGGGCCUUUUAGUAGGUAUUCUGGUGGAGACAGUGAAGACCGUGGCGACCUUUGAGCGAAAACAGCUCGAUGUUGACUUUGCCAAGAAUGUUCUUUGGGAAAUGAUCACGGAAGGAUGUGCGGACCAGGACGGAGACAAUCGAAUUUCCGAGAUUGAGUUUGCAAGGCUUUUGGCAAGGCCAGAGGCCACCAGGGCGUUGGCCAUCCUGGGUGUGGACAUCACGGCGGCUCUGGACUAUGGUCAUUUGCUCUUCGAAGACGGAGAGCCUUUGACCUUUGCAGAGUUCAUGGAAGGAAUGAUGACCCUCCGUGGCUCAAACCAGACCACCGUGAAGGACAUGGUGGAUUUACGGAAGUUCACUGCAGAAGAGUUCUCCAGUCUUCAUAAAGUCCUUCUGGAUAUUUGCACAUUUCUUGCAAGCCAAGGGAUGCCAAGCAGCACCCUGCAUCGUGUCUCCAGUAGUGUGCGCUACUCCAGGGCGUCGCGCAUGACGCAGCAUGCCAGCGCCAAACCUCAGUGGCUGGAGCCACCCGGACCCGAUGGUCACCGGCAAACUUUUGCAGACCGGCCAACGUUUGCAAAAAAAAUUGUCUGA